AUGCCGCCUAAGCAAGAAUCUAAGCAGAAAAGGGACUGGGAAGCUUUCUUCCGCGCACCAGAGAGGGAACUCAAAGAGGGCUGGGUACGAUCGACCCGGCGGAAAGUGGAAGACGUGAAGAAGCUUUUUCAAGGGUUCAUUCCCCUUCGGUCCCUGUCCUAUAUUGUUCCCUACGUCUAUAGCUGGAUUGAAGAACUGCCUGUCACGGACUGGAUGUUCUGGCUCCGCGAUGAAAACUUCGGCUUGAAGAUGAUUGAAGGUUUCCUGAUAUGGUACCUCGAUGAGCACAAUCUUAAGAAAAGGCAGGCUUUCUUGACCACCGCGAGAUACUUCGCGAUGUUCUGUAACGAAGAGAGAGGCAAAGAGGCCCCCUAUACGCUUAAACAGAAAGUAAAGACGGUAGGGUUUUGA